AUGUCGCGUCCAAUAUGGAGUACAGGCUGCCAUGCCUGCAGGAAGAUGAAGAAGAAGUGUGAUGGCGCCAAACCAGGAUGCGUGAGGUGCAAGAAGGCUGGAAGAGAAUGCCCCGGCUAUCGGUCCGCGCAGCAGGUCAUGUUCAGGUCGAUGAACGAAUCCGCUAUGGCCCGAGCUAACAAGCCCACCAUGCUGGCUACAAUUUCGGGUGGCUACAAUCCAUUCUUUAUUCAGCCCUCGACUGAUUGGGCUCAAUUCGCUAUAUCGCAUUUCGUCUAUCACUAUGUGGAGCCACCGUCGGAAUAUGGUUUGCCUGGCUACCUUGAGUUCCUUCCCACUAUGCUCAACUCUGCAGACAGCAGUCUGCAAACGUCGUUGUUGGCUGCUUCACUUGCAAACUUGGCGAACGUAUCGGGAAUGGAACAGCUGCACACAGAGUCGAGGAUUCAAUACGGGCGCGCAUUGCGAUCGCUUCAUACUGCACUUAGUGACAAGGCCACUGCGACUGACGAUCACACCCUACUUGCGGUUGUACUUCUUCAGAAAUAUGAAACGAUCACUGGUAAUGUCGACUUGGAAAAGGAUCCACACGAGAAAGCCACUACCGCGAUGAUGCGGCUCCGGCGCCCAGAUCAUGAGUCCCUCUCUAACAGGUCAAGCAGUCUUUCCAGAGUUGUGCUCAUUCGGAAAGAAAUCAAGGCAAUGACGGACCGUACAGAUAGUAAUAUGGAAGUUGGGGAACGCUACGUCGACACGAAGCAGACAGUAGGGUCCGGUCUCCGAAUGUUGCUGCGGGAUGUGUUUAUUGCCUCAAGAGGACUUGAAGUCUGUACUGAGGCACAGGACAUUGCGACUGGCUCACACAUGACGGCUUUCACAGAAGCGUGGAAGUUUGCGGUAGAGGUCUACAACCACCUUAUACUUUGGCCAUCGACUGUACCGCCUGCAUGGAAGAUGAAAGCUUAUGUCUUUCCAAUGACGCCGUCGCAUAUUGACGGACUAACAAAUCGUGAGGGUCAGGUGUAUGCCUUCUCGAGCUUACAACACGGCGCUGUGUAUGGAGCAUAUCAGUGCAGCCGUAUUAACAUAUGUCAGAGCUUACGAAAGGCAUAUCGUUUCAUCCAUCAACAACCUCGUCAACUCUUCGACAGCAAUUUCGAACCGUCCCAAGGUGAGGUGUUGGAGACAUUGAACUCUGCCGUCGACGAUAUAUUCGGCACCAGCCCGUUCAUGCUCGGCGACGUCACUUCCAAUGGACAGCUUAACGCAACGAACGAAAGGAGAGCUCUGGGGGCCUUCUUCCUGCUGCGAAGCGUCUAUGUGGCGCUGUCCGUGGAUACCCUGACGCAGCCACAAUCGCGGAAGCUCCUUCAUCUCCUGGGGCGCAUUGGAUCUGAAUUUGGCAUCAAGACAGCAUCAAACCGACGGGACAAGUGGCUUGCUCAGCAUCCUGAUCGAUUGUGA